UAAUCAAGUUUAUAUCUAUCUCCAAAUCCCUAACAAUAGCACUGCGAUAUUCUCGACACAGAAAAAGCUCGAGCCUUGAACCUUGAGCUAUGGGUUUAUUGUCAUGGUGGAAGGGCAAAAAGUCAGAACCCGAACCACCAAACUCCAACUCUUCUUCUUCGGUUCAGCUGAAAGCUAAUGGUGCAGCUAAACCUACCGAGGUUCCCGGCAUGAACGGCGCCGUCGAGGUCCCUCGCCCUCCAGACGCCACCGUUUCGAUUUUCGAGUUCGGUUCGGUGGCCGCCACCAACGACAGGGUCACCCUCGCUGGCUACUGCCCCGUCUCCGAAGAGCUCGAGCCCUGCCGAUGGGAGUUCCUCCCCGCCAUUGAAUCCAACGCGCCGCAGUUUCGCGUUGUCUUCUGACACCGAUGCGAAAUAGAGAAGAAAGUGAGAAAAUGGCACUACAGGAUUAUUAAGCAUAUGUUCUGAGUUGUUUGCUCAUGCUCAUGUCUUUCCAAGGUGUUUGCUGUGGUCAGAAAAUUCUGUUUUUGUUAGUUAUUUUUUUAGUCUAGAGACUUAAGAGAGAUUUGCUGCUAUGGGCAAAUGAAUUCCUUGGUUGUACUAACAUUCUAUGAUCGGUCCUCUUGAACCCUUUGGUGGCUAUUGCGAAUGCUGCUUAGUUUCAGAAUUUGCACUUAA